ACUUCCCGGCAGGAGGAAAACUGGUUGAACCGAUGAGUUUCUGCUCGCCGGGCCUUCUCGCCUUCGGGUGGGGCUGUGGACAGCUCGGCGAGUCGCCGUUCCAGUCCCGCCCUGGGCACGCCCGGAAGAGGGAGGGCGGGAGCCGCCGCGAGCGGAAGUGGCGUCGCUCCGUCGCACCGCGGAGGGGCCCAUGGUGAAAGUCGGUCGGAGUGCCGGGCCUCUGGCUCGGCGUCCUCGCCGGAGCCCGGACGGCGGGGAUGAUGGCGACGGCGGGGGACGGGAGCUGGGGACCGCGGCUUGCCACCUGCCGAAGGGAAUGGCCGAGAUGUCAUUCGAGGAGCUGUUGAAACUCCAGAACCAAGUGGGGACCAACACACACAAAGAGUUGGUAGCUAAAAACAAGAAGCCAGCUUCCAGAGCCUCUGCCCGGAAUGCCUGUGUUGCAGAUAAACACAGGCCUUUGGAAAUGUCAGCCAAGGUCCGAGUGCCAUUUUUACGUCAGGUUGUCCCCAUCAGUAAAAAGGUGGCCCGGGAUCCCCGCUUUGACGAUCUGUCGGGGGAGUAUAAUCCUGAGGUGUUCGACAAAACUUACCAGUUCCUGAAUGACAUCCGAGCCAGAGAGAAACAGCUUGUGAAGAAGCAGCUGAAGAAGCACCAGUCAGAGGAGGAGCGCGAGAAACUGCAGCAGCUUCUCCAGCGGCUGGAGCAGCAGGAAGCAGCCCAGCAGGAGAGGAAGCGGCAGCAGGACCUCCGCCUGGCCCUGAAGCAGGAGCAGCGAGCUAGGGCCCAGCAGGGCCAUCGGCCAUACUUCUUCAAGAAAUCUGAGCAGCGCCAGUUGGCCCUAGCGGAGAAAUUUAAGGAGCUGAAACGCAGCAAGAAGCUAGAGAGUUUCUUGAGUCGCAAAAGGCGUCGCAAUGCAGGCAAGGACAGGAGACAUCUGCCUUUGAGCAAAGAGUAAAAGGAGCCGUCACGUCCGCCACUUCCCAGGAGAUGUGCAUCUGCAAGACUGACGUGGGGCUGGCCUUUCCUGUUCAAGGGAGAGGCUCCCAGCUGCCCUGAACUAGGUUGGCUCAGAGACAGGGGUGUCUUGGAUGGCCCUCGGACUGGAGAGAAAAUGUCACUCAGUCGCUGCCAUGCCAUACUACCUCUGUGUGGACUAUCAUUGUGUCUUUGUGUCCUCCUUCCGUCCCUGCCUUAACCCAGUAGUUCUGAUACAGAAGCAGGGAGCCCAUGGGAUCUGUUCAUAUAGGAGCUACAUCAUAAAAGUUGUUAAUUAAUCAUC